AUGCUCCAUACAAAGGACUUCAAGACUACAUGGCGUGAGAGGGCAGUGCUGAACCCUUACCCUUGGUGCGCCGUAUUAUCAAAUCAAAUCGGUCACUACUGCAGUCUUUGCAAGACGCUUCAUCGUAACCGAGAUCGGACACCAAGAGGACGUAGUGGAGGACAUCUAGGCAGCAUGUACAUCCUUCCACCUAGAGACGCUGAAAGAUAUUGCCUUCGAAUUCUUCUCUUAAACACUACAAGAAGAACAUCAUUCGAGGAUUUGCGAAUGCACCAAUCCGCUGUAACAAUAAGGAGUUUUAACGUCUGCUUGCUCUGUUACUGUGAUGUAGUUCGUGAGCAAAUUAUUGGAAUCAAUAGGGAGUGUGCUCUAUGUUUCGCCUUUGACGUCUUCAACAGAAUGAGCUUGCUGGGUAGAGAUUCGGCUCAGAUGGUGGCUACAUGCGUGAAGGCAAUUCGUUUCCUGCUGUACCAAUUGACUACGACGCUUAUGAGAGAAACGGCCUCUGUCACUACGAUACGCUCAAUGCUAUGCAGAACGAGACCACAAAUAGCAUCCUUUCUUCUCCGGACAGUAGCAGAAGCCGAUACAUUUUCAUUGACGGACCAGAUGGCAGUGGAAAGACGUAUCUAUGAAAUACUUUGGAAGCAGACACCAUGUGGUGUGUUUGGCUUGGAUGAGAAUGCGGCUAGUCUUCUACCAGCGGAAAGAGCAGUGAACUCAGCUUGA